AUGAGAUAUGUUACUCUUACAGGUUCCUUCAUUCCUGAUGGUGCUGGUUCGAUUCUGAAAGUGUACAACGAGGCGGAGAAGAUGUGUCUGGAAGCCCUUUCCACAGACGUACUUCGCCCCUACGUUCCCGAAUUCUUGGGGGAAAUCACAACUUUAGACGGAAAACGUAAUCUUUUUGCCAUUUCCAUCACUCGCCUUAUCCUUAUUCUCUUUUUCAAAGCCGCCCGUUCGGUCGAUUAUGAAGAGAGUGGUGUUCAUGAAGUAGAAUCGGCCAAUAAGGGCUUCGUGAGAAUGCAGGAUCUCUUGCAUGGCUUCGAGUCUCCCUCCAUAAUGGACGUGAAGAUGGGUCGACGGACGUUUAUGGAGGAGGAAUGGCAAGCUCUGCACACCGGUUCCCUCAAUUUGAGACCAGAUAUGUACCAGAAGAUGAUUGAAGUGGAUCCGAACGAGCCGACGCCUUUGGAGCAUCAACAGGCUGCAAUCACGAAAUUCCGCUAUAUGCAAUGGCGAGAAACCCUCAGUUCAUCAGCUGACUUCGGCUUUCGAAUAGAAGGCCUCAAAGUGAUUGGCACUUCACUCCUCUUCGUUCACGACAAGACUGGCACCAAGUCAAAUGUGUGGUUAAUCGAUUUCGGCAAAACCCACCCCUUACCUCCAGGCGUAGAGAUCGAUCAUCACGCCACCUGGGUGGCGGGCAACCACGAAGACGGCUACUUGUUUGGACUGGAGCGUCUCAUCGACGCAUUCACUGAAGUAUUGCGGGAGGUUGUUCCGCUGCCCUCCACAACACCCUGUGUUCCGUCUGCUUCGUCUCUCUGUGCUCCCUUGUUGAGAAAACCGGCCAUUGUUGUGGGCUGUGAGAAGGUUUCAUCGAAACCGGAGGCUGGAAAAGGCCCCAGGUAG